AUGGUGGAUGUUAGCUGCUCAUGUGGCAGAAGAGAGGCUCAAAUUAUGUGCUUUGAGCAUGCAAAAGGGAAGAAAUUGGAAUGUGAUGAUGAAUGUCUUCGUGAACAACGUAACAACACUCUUUUUGCUGCGUUCAAUUUAGGUGAUAGCAAAACCGAAGGGCCCCUUACUCUGGUUUCUCCGGAAUUACUUGCCCAGAGAUUGGCUGUUGAUAAUACCUACACACCCGAGGUAUUAGCUCUCUAUUCUAAGCAACCAGUCUGGUGUACCAGUAUAGAAUUGAUUUUCAGUAACCUUGUGUUGGGAAAGUUGAGCCGGAAUUCACACCAUUUCUCCCCAAUGAAAAUGGUCCAACGCCAAUUUGUCCACGAGUUGGCUGACGCUUACAAUGUGUUUUCAGAAUCCCAAGACCCAGAACCUAAGAGGUCUGUUUUUGUCAAGACUUCGAAAGAGAGUCGUCGACCUACGCUUUCUUUGAAAGAAUCCCUCACGGUAAUGAGACAAGUGAAGCAGGUCGAAGAAGAAAAAGCAAAGCACCAACAGCUUGUGUAUGCUCUCAGUGAGCGCCAGAACAGCCAACCUCCAGAGGAGAGGGAACACUACAAUGCCCUAGCAAUUAGAGACGUCUUUUUUGGGAUUACAAGAGACAAAUUGGAAGAGGCUACCAACGAUUUAUGGCAGGAUCGUACUGUUCUCACCAAAAUACAGAACUGCGAGCUAAAAUGGAUUCCGGACAAUACAUUUGUGUUUUAUAGUGAUAGUUACCAGGAGAAAAGCCGAGUGGAAGAGGCAGAAUUAGAGAUUCUCUGCGACUUAUUUGAGAGAAGGUUGAAGGAAAGAAAUCUUGCCAUGAGAUGCUGUCUUGCAAGAAUAGACGACACCGCCAGCAUCGUAUACGAAUUCAAGGGGGAAAACAAUAGAGAGAGAAGAACGUUAAAAAAUGACCAUGAUGGCUAUGACGACGAAGCACCAUCGGAAUUGCAAGAUGAAAAACCUAUAGACAAAUCCUCCUUCGACUGGUGGUAA